AUGGAGGACCUUUACCUCAAUCCUGGUGCAGACUGUGAGUCCACAUGUAACAGCUCUUUGGGUCGACAGGGUCAGGGACCACCGUUGUUGGUGGACGCCUGGCUGGUCCCAACCUUCUUCGCUCUCAUCAUGCUGGUGGGCUUGAUUGGAAACUCGCUGGUAAUUCACGUGGUCACCAAACACCAGCAGAUGAAGACGGUCACCAACUUCUACAUCGUGAACUUGGCCACGACUGACAUCCUAUUCCUGGUCUGCUGCGUUCCCUUCACUGCCUCCUUGUACCCGCUGCCCAGCUGGAUCUUUGGAGACUUCAUGUGCCGACUGGUCAACUACCUUCAGCAAGUGACUGCGCAGGCUACGUGCAUCACUCUGUCAGCCAUGAGUGUUGAUCGUUGCUAUGUGACCGUUUAUCCUCUUCAGUCGCUGAGACACAGGACCUCACGCAUGGCCCUGGCUGUCUCUGUGUCCAUCUGGAUAGGUUCUCUUCUUCUGUCCAUCCCAGUGGCUGUCUACCAAAGACUGGAGGAGGGUUACUGGUUUGGCCCUCAGACCUACUGCAGUGAAGUCUUCCCCACAGUCCAUCUGCAGAGAGUCUUCAUCAUCUACAGCUUCCUGGCCGUCUACCUGCUACCUCUGCUGACCAUCACUGUGUGCUAUGCCUUCAUGCUAAAGCGCAUGGGACAGACCAGCGUCAACCCGGUGGACAGCAGCUACCAGGUUCAGGUUCAGACAGAGCGGGCAGCAGCGGUGAGAGCCAGAGUGUCCCGGAUGGUCGUGGUGAUGGUGGUGCUCUUCCUUGUCUGCUGGGGACCCAUCCAGAUCUGCAUCCUGCUCCAGACCUUUGGCCACCGCAGUUACAUGCUCUACAAGCUGAAGAUUUGGGGUCACUGCAUGUCGUACUGCAACUCCUCCGUCAACCCACUGGUUUACGCAUUCAUGGGCAACAACUUCAAAAAAGCCUUCAAACACGCGUUCCCUGCUGCGCUUCUGUGGCGUCCUGAUCGCAGGGUCCGGGUGAGACAAAUGGACACGGAGGACAGAGGAGAGAUGGAUCACCAGAGUCCAAGAGCAGAAGCAGAGAUGCACUUUCUUUCAUCUGUAUCCUAAAGGUCACGUCGAGAGUUCUGAGCCAGUAUGAACGUCGCUGCUAUUUAUUGUUGGCUCUGGAGAUGAGAGGACACACACUGGUCGUCCAGGUGGUGGAUCCAAGCGCACACAAUGCCACCAGUCAUAUUAAUUUACACGUACACGUAGAGAAGAAGAUGUCCAUGAAAACAAUCUGAUAUAUCUUGCGCUGCCCUGAAACAACUUUGCGAGUCUGUAGCCUAUGUCUGAGAGUGACUCAAGAGCUGGUUUUAUUGGACUUUUAAGGUGUAAGUAGUGUUUAGUUGUCAUCUGGCCAACCCCUAAUACAAUAGACUUUUGUGUUAUUA